UCCAUUAAAAAGAGCGGGCGCCCGCGUUCUCCGGUCUCCGUGACGCAAAACGCUUCUUUAAUAAGCAAAACGAGACCUUGACCGAAUGUGCAAGGAAGAGAGGGGCAACGCGACGAGGAAGGUCCAACUCCGAAGCACAGACAGACGGAGUGAUCUGCGGGGUGUUCUGUUCCCACAUGGCGUACUACUGUUGUCUCUUCCCUUUCUUUUGAACGCAGGCCGUUUUGCUCGAGCAAUGACGACUCCCCACCCUUUCACCGCCGGAGGCCUCACGCUCCGUCUUGUGAAGCGACUCGCGUUCCUCUCGUGCUCCUUCUGGAUUGCCUACCUCGCCAUCGUCGUCCUCUCCACCCAUCCCUGCGGCCUUUCCCCUCGCUGCCUCUCCUCCCUCCACCUCGCCCACCGCCCGAUUCUUCCCGAAUCACCGCCUACAGAGACGCGCCACCUCGUCUUCGGCAUCGCCUCCUCGGCUAGCAGCUGGCCUCGCCGUCGGGACUACGUCCGCGCAUGGUGGCGCCCUGGCGAGACCAGGGGCUUCGUCUGGCUUGACCGCCCCCUUAACUCCUCCUUCCCUCAAACGGACGCUUCCCUCCCUACCGUUCGCGUCUCCGAGGACACUUCGCGCUUUCCCUACACCUACCGGAAGGGCCUCCGGUCUGCUAUCCGAGUAGCCAGGAUCGUCGCCGAGACUGUCCGCCUCGGCCUGCCGGACGUCCGGUGGUUCGUCUUCGGAGACGACGACACAGUGUUUUUCGUGGACAACCUGGUGAGGGUGCUGCGGAAGUACGAUCAUGAGAUGUGGUUCUACGUUGGGGAGUCUUCGGAGAACGUCGACCAGAACAGGGUGAACUCGUUCGACAUGGGGUUCGGCGGCGGCGGAUUCGCCAUCAGUCACCGACUUGCAGCGGCGCUGGCGCGGGUGUUCGACUCUUGCCUGGUGCGGUACGCCCAUCUCUACGGCAGCGAUGCCAGGGUGUUCGCAUGCCUGGCGGAGCUCGGCGUUGGGCUUACCCACGAACGGGGAUUCCAUCAGGUUGACUUUCGAGGAGAUGCAUUUGGAAUGCUGGCUGCACAUCCUUUGGCCCCUUUAGUAACACUUCAUCAUCUUGAUAUUUUGGCCCCUGUCUUCCCCAAAUUAAGUAGAUUGCAUGCAUUAGAGCAUUUGUUUGAAGCUGUUAAAGCUGACUCAGGGAGGAUUCUUCAACAAACUAUUUGCUAUGAAAAUUCAAAGGCCUGGACUGUUUCUAUUUCAUGGGGUUACAGUGUUCAGAUCUAUAAUAGUAUUCAACUAGUUCCAGACCUUCUUCCCUUGUUGCGGACAUUCAUGCCAUGGCGCAGAGGACAAAAAAAUGCUUCAUCUGUUCCUUAUAUGUUCAAUACAAGGGAGUUACCAAGAAAUCCAUGUAACAGACCUGCCAUUUUCUUUUUUGAGAGUGUACUUGCUGGUGAGACUGGCAUUGAGAGCAAUUACAGCAGAAGCUCAGGAGUGGGUUGCUAUUCAAAUAAAUUUUCACCCUGGGAUUUGAAAUAUGUCCGUGUGCUGUCCACAGAACUGGAUUUAGACACUAAGCAGUUGCAGGCACCUCGAAGACAGUGCUGUGACAUUAUUUCCCUCACUAAUGAAGUAAUGAAUAUUAAGAUUAGGAAGUGUGAGGAUGAGGAAGUUGUCUUUUUGGAAUCAUGACUGCAGACUGCUUCUGUCGGAGCGAGAUUUUUGUGACAAAAGGUUGCUAAGCAACAAAUGGUGAUGCUAGAGCUACACAGGUCCACAAAAUUAACUAUUUAAGGUAAAUAGGUAAUCAUAUACAGAUUGUUACUUUGAAUCAUCUAGUACAAACAUAGAUUAGGGUUACUAUCAAGCUGACGAUGUUUUUUCUUUGUGAUGCUGACUUGUGAUUUAUUUCUUCAUUGCAGUUGUACCUCAACAUGUUGCUCCUCUUUAAACUCAUUCUAUCAUAUAUACAAAAAUGUUGCCAAGGUGGAAAGUUGUGCCCUUUCAGCACUGUGUCGUAUGAUUCUGUAUUGUUGCCGCGGCACUUAUUUAUGUGCAUAGGAGUUUCUCUUUGAAAAGAUUUAGUUAGUAGCAUCUCUGUUGCAAAAAUGGCUGAUCACGAAUCUGAGCUAUGUAGAUGGGUAUGCCCUAACAUCAAUAUUACUCAAAAUCAGAGAGAGAGAGAGAGAGAGAGAGAGAGAGAGAGAGAGAUGUCAUCAUCAAAUGAUGGACACACGAAUGCACACAUUGUAUGUGAACUAGCUUCAUCCUUAAUAUGUGGUAGUUUGCAUGCAUGUACAUGUGCUAUGUAAACCUGCAACUCGAUCUUUUGGUGUUUGCAUGAAGGAAGAUAUUUUUAUUGCAUGUAAUGUGUGAAAUAUUUUUUGGGCUCCUGCUUCUUGAGAGCAGGUUUAAGACAUGCACUUAUGAGUGUACGAUCUGGUGCACUUCCAUUUUUUGAGAUUUAUGCAAAUGUUUCAGUUUAGCACCCAUGAUUGUUUCAAGUUUCAACAACGUUGCAGGUUACGACUUUCUCAAAGUCUGUUCGGAUCUGCAUUGGUGAUAGCUGGAACCUUGCAGUUGGCAACUUCAAUGUUGCCCAAGUCUUGUCCAACGCUAAUCUCAUUUGAUCCUUGUAUGUUUUUAUUAUUUUGAUUUAAAUUUUGAGGCAACGAAUACUGCAAUCAUGGGCAACUUGAAGUUUUUAAAGUUGUAUAGCUCUUCAGGACAAUUCAAUUGAUUAGUAAUAUCUUAUCAUCUUGUCCAAAGUAGCUUGACCUGUACUUUGUAUUCUGUGGCUGUGGCCCCAUGUAUAUUGUCGUUGGCAAUCCAUGUAUAUUCUCCUCUCAAAGUGUUCUUUUUAUACUAGGCUUUCUGCCAUUUCUAUCACCGUUAACUUCUUGCAGAUUACUGACAACUCCUUCCUUGCUCGGUGUUUCCAAUUUCAGAAUUGGUGAUUGAGACUUAUUACCCUGUCUCCGUGCCAUCAUUAUCUUAGGAAUGGCAUGCCUCGAGGAUGAUCCAUACGAGGAAAUGUGAAGCUUGAAGGACGGAAAUGGAGAUGUAGAUAGCGUGUCUUAUGCUAGUACUCGAGAGGUGGUCUCAGAAAUUCCUGGUAAAUGUUUCUGAUGCAUUUGGAUAAAAGGAAAUGAUGACUUUCAAUAUAUUUGAUUAGUAACCUUGGCAGUGCGGGCUCAUUUUUAUGUAUAGAUUGAGUUCACAAUGACAAAUGCCAUGGGAUUUUUCCAUGA